AAAUAACAAACCAAUAAAAUGUUCGAAUGCAUAAAAGAAUCACGAUUUGGUAAAUCACCAGGCACAAAUCAACAAAGCGUUGGACAAAGUUAGUCGUCUAAAAAAUAAUAUUCUACAGUUCUACAAAAUUCACGUCGAAAUGAACAAGUACUUAGCAUUUGUGUUCUUCGCUGUCAUGAUUGCCAUGGCAUUUGGAUGUGAAGAUGACUUAUGUCCAAGAGUUUACAAUCCUGUGUGUGAUAAUUUAGGACAUACACACAUCAAUCCAUGUUUGUUCAAAUGUGCAGCCGAGGAUGCUAAGGCAAAAGGAACAGAACUCACCAUCGUCAAGUACGACGAAUGUUAAACCAUAUCAAAAUACAACUACAAACCGUGUUAUAUCGAUGUGUGAGUUCCAACAUUCUUGAAAUAAAUUGAUGUUCAGCUAAA